CCCGGCGGGGUGGAACGGGCAGCGGGGGGUAACGGGCAGCCGCUGGGGGGAACCGGGACUAACGGGCACCCCCGGGCGACAGCGCCGGAAGUGCGUCACGGCCGCUUCCGGCGAUCGGGGCGCUCCAAGAUGGCGGCGCUGGCGUUGAGAUGUGUUGGUCAGCGGUGCCUGCUGGCUCGGCUUGGUCCCAGCCUUUCUGUGAGACAUGUAGUCCCGAUGGGAACAACAGCCAAGGAGGAGAUGGCCCGCUUCUGGGAAAAGAACACCAAGUCCAAUCGUCCCUUGUCCCCUCACAUCACCAUUUACAAGUGGUCCCUGCCCAUGGCGAUGUCCAUCACGCACCGGGGCACUGGCGUUGCGCUGAGCUUAGGAGUCUCCCUCUUUGGUCUGGCUGCCCUCCUGCUCCCAGAACAAUUUCCCCACUACCUGGCCAUGGUGAAGUCGCUCAGCCUGGGGCCUGCUCUGAUCUACUCUGCUAAGUUCGCUCUGACUUUUCCCUUCUCCUACCACACCUGGAAUGGAAUCCGACACCUUGCAUGGGACAUGGGGAAGGGGUUCAAGAUCCCCCAGGUCAACCAGUCUGGGGUGCUGGUCCUGAUCUUGACCCUGCUCUCCUCUGCGGGCCUUGCGGCGAUGUGAAGGUACCUCCCCGUUGAUGGCCUCCCUGUUUUUUGGAAGAUUUGCUCCAUCCUGGCCCACCUCAAGAUGUGUGUGGAGAGGGAGGCGGGAGGACAGGUUCUCUAGUAACUACAAAUCUUUGGGGAAGGUGGUGCUUCCCCUCCUCACAAAUCUCAUGGAUGAUCAAGAGCUGCUUUACAUUAGCCCGGGUGAUGUGCUAACCUCUGAGUGGUGGGGGGACAGGCUGGGCUGUCUCCUGCCAUGCCAACAUGCCCCAGCAGCCACAGAAGGCCAGGCACAAAUUAACAGCCGAUCCUGGCAUGUUCAGUUGCUCGCAGAGAGCUGCCUGGCUUCUUCCAGGCAAACUCCAGGGCAUUUCUUUUCUCUGCUCUGUCCCCAGGCUUGAGACAAUGCUGAAUCUGUGUCCCUGCAGGUCCGAGUGGGCUUGGGGAUGGCUGGUUGUGUAUGUGUAGGCCCAGCGCAGGACAAGCAUCUCCAUUGAGGCAGCCUGUGCCAGGGCAGGGAGAGCAGGCGGUGCUGCCAACGCUGGCACCCAUGAGGGGAAUGGGUGAUUGGUGCCCUCCAAGUGCCACACUGGCCGCAGGACUCUGCACUUUCUGAGCCCAGCAGUAAGCAACCAGCUGGGGUGGGGUGCUCAGACCUGCAGAGGUUCAGUCUCUACUCGUUAUCCUUGAAGAUGAUGACAGUCAGCUUUGGGGCCCUGGAGCCCCUGCCAGUGAAAAACAUCCGAUUUUCCCGUUAGGCAGUUGCUCUGUCCCUGGGGCAAUGGGAGGGACGUGGUUUUCUAGUCGCAUGUUGCCACCAGCUCAUUGCAGCACUUGUCACUUGUCCACCUUUGCAAUAAAGCAGCCUUCAUCCUUCACACUGA